AUGUCACAUCAUUCGUCGCUCAAUGACAACACGGAAAGUGCAUCUCUACCUCGACGCAAGAAGGAAGUACAAACCCGCAUGAAAGAUGGCAAAGAGGUCGAACUCCACACUUGGGACGGUCCACAAGAUCCUGACAACCCGUUCAACUGGUCAACCAAGUACAAAUGGUUCUUGACAAUAACCGUUUGCUUCAUCUCCAUCUUGACAGGUCUUCCGGCUGGGUCUUACGGCGCUGGAAACGAGUACAUGGCAACACUAUUCAACGUUCAAAAUGAGCCGUUUCCAAACCUUUACUGGGCGACGUGUUCGUGGAAUAUGGGUGCUGCUAUUUUCCCACUACUAUUCGUACCUUUGACCGAAAACACUGGUAGAAUGCCUGGAUAUUUUGUCGCCUACAUCGUGUUCGAAUUGUUCCUGUUCGGCUCAGCCUUUGCCGAUAACUUCGCAACAUUGGUCGUCACCCGUUUCUUCGGCGGUGGCGCAUCUUCCGUUUCCAUCAACAUCGUGGGCGGCAGCAUUAGCGAUCUGGUAUUGCUCUUGGACCCUUCGUGGGUAGCGCAAUCGUACAGCUUGGCUAUCCUUCCACUGGACUACAAUCCCCUUGGCGAUGGUAACUUAGGGUUCGGUUGGGCGGGCAGUCUACUGGGCUUUGUAGGACUAGCGUUGAGUCUUGUGCCUGUGGUGCUACUCCUGAAAGGGCGUCAGAUCAGGGCAAAGAGUCCUUUUAUGUCAGAAGCCACAUUCGACGAUAGGGAUGACGACGAAGAAGUGAAUGAUGGCAAGAAUGGUGCGAGUCAUCGAGGUACAUUUGGACCAGCGGGCGUCGCAGGUGGGCCACCUGGCGCAGUGGACGAGCAUGUCUAG